AUGGCGAAACUUCUCGAAGUCUACAAUCUGACGACUCACUUCUAUACCGACAACGGGGUCGUGGAGGCUGUCGACGGCAUCUCGUACUCGGUGGACGAGGGUGAGAUCGUCGGCAUCGUGGGGGAGAGCGGCUGCGGCAAGAGCGUCAGCGCGCUUUCGAUCAUGGGGCUGAUUCCCGAUCCUCCGGGCAAGAUCGUUGAGGGUGAGGUCAUCUUCGACGGACAGGACCUUCUGAAGCUCUCGUCCGCGCAGAUGACGCAAGAUUCGUGGCAACGACAUUGCGAUGGCAGCCUGUACUGCGACCUCGAGCUCCACCUGAACAUGACGGCCAGCGCGGCGAGCCAGCGUGCGGCGGAGCUUCUGAGCCUCGUCGGAAUUCCCGACGCCGAACGGCGACUGAAAGACUACCCACACCAGAUGAGCGGCGGUAUGCGCCAGCGCGUGAUGAUAGCGAUGGCGGUAAGCUGCAACCCGAAGCUGAUCAUCGCGGAUGAGCCCACGACGGCGCUGGACAUGACGAUCCAAGCGCAGAUUCUCGAACUGAUGCAGGGCUGUCGACCGAACUGGGGACGGCGAUGA